UCUGUAGUUUAUGGUUGUGGUUUCAACAAACCUCCCACUUUAUGGUUUGUGGUUUCCCUUCCAACAGCAGAGCUUCCUUGACGUUUCUUCCGUUGGUUCUAGGACACUACUCUCCCUUUCUGCAUAAUGUCGUGCGCACAGACCUGUUCCCGCAUCUUGGGCCUGAGCCUUGGGACAACAUCCCUAUUGGCCGCUGGGGCCAACACUGUGCUGCUCUUUCCUAACUGGGAUGCGACCUACCUGUUGAGGGGCCUCAUUGGCAGGCAUGCCAUGCUGGGCUCUGGGCUCUGGGGAGGAGGUCUCAUGGUGCUCACCGCUGCUAGCCUCAUCUCUCUGAUGGGCUGGGGGUGUUGUUGCUUCAGAAGGAGUGGACCCUGCCAAAAUAUACUUACUGCUCUGUUGGCAAGUGUUCUGGCCUUGCUUGGGGCCUUGAUUUGCUUUAUCAUUUGUGGAGUAGCCCUGAAGGAAGGUCCUUUCUGCAUGUUUGAUGCCUCCUUCUUCAAUCAGACACACGCUUGGAAAUAUGGUUACCCAUUUAAAGACUUGCAUAACAGGAAUUAUUUAUACGACCAUUCCCUCUGGACCUCUGUCUGCCUGGAGCCUUCUAAAGCCGUGGUUUGGCACGUGUCCUUCUUCUCCUCCCUCCUGUGCAUCAGCUUCAUUCAGAUGAUCCUGGUGAUCAUUCAUUUCAUGAACAGCUUCCUGAGUCUUUUCUGCAGUCUCUGUGAGAAGUCAUAAGGAGCCCACUUCUAAGCACAGGAUGUUCACCAUGACCUUCCUUGAAUAUUUCCGAACAAGCAGUGGGUAUGAAUUGUAAACAAACAUCUCUUUCGGAUAUUUGUAGUGUAAUAGGAGCAAUGUGUAAUAGCUUGCAUGUAUGCUGAAUGACAGAAUGCAUUUCAAAUUACAUUGUGAACUGCAGUGUGAUAUAGUGUUCAAAGGAAUAAUAUGGCCAUUAUCUCUGGGAAGGAAGGUAUUGUCCAUACAAAGUCCUCCAUUCCUGUUCUCAUUUUAAUUUCUCCAACCACCCAGCAAAUAUAUCAUGUGUUAUAAAAUAAUUGGGGCUCCCAGAGUAUAAUUGUAGGCUUGCUGCCUACAAGCUCUCAACUAGGUCAAGGUCAAGUUUGUUCCUGCAUUUCCAUCUUUAAAUUCAAGUCCACCUUACUGUAUUGUGGGCUUCCCAAAUUCACAAGUUGAUGCCUUAAAACUCUAGUUUGAUUUUCUUUGGAAAUAGGAUCUUUAUGAAGCUAACUAGAGAUAAAUGGGGUCAUGGGGUGAAGAAAGCCAUCAGAAGCAAGUCUUAUUACAAGAGAAUGAUAUAGCAGCUCUCCACCCACACACAUGGCAGAAAGGGCCAUGUGAGCACACAGCAAGAAGGUGAACAUUUGCCAGCAAACAGGGAGGCUUGGGGAAACCAACUUUGUUAAAUUUCUAGGAUUUCUGCCCUCCAGAAAAUAAAAUUGUGUUGUAUGGUCAUAUAGCCCAUGGUAUUUUGUUACGACCGCCUGGAAUGACUAACCCACCAGUAUGUUCUUUUCAUCUGUGUCCAACAUGCAAAGAGCACACCAAGCAAGGCCCUACG